GCAUGCGUGUCAUGCGUCUUUAGCGUAACCAAUGAAAUCGUGCGCUCGGAAAUUUAAACUAAAUCAGUUGCCCUUCGGCGUGUUAGUGUGUUUCUGCGAAAAGUCGUUAAGUUAUUUAGUUUCUUCGUAAAUAUGGAGCAUAUUAACGACGACCCGACAACGCUGUAUUUUUAUGAAAACAGGCUUUUAACCUUCGAUAGUUGGCCGUUUCAGGAAGACUGUGUUUGUACUCCUGAGAAUAUGGCUAAAGCAGGAUUCAUUCACGUGCCCUCUGAGAACAGUCCUGAUAUAGCGCAGUGCUUCUUCUGUCUUAAAGAGCUGGAAGGCUGGGAGCCACAAGAUGAUCCUGAGAAGGAGCAUAAAGCACAUUCACCCAGCUGCAAUUUUAUUACAUUGAAGAAGUCUGUGGAGAGUCUGACUGUGGAGGAGUUUCUCAGGCUUCAGAAAGAGAGGCAGAAAUUUAUUAUUAAAAAGAUGUGCGGCCAGGCCAUUGACAAAUUUGAAGAAGCUGUGAAGUUGAAAAGAGGACAGAUUAUCCAGUCUGCCAUGGGUGAAGAAUGAAGAUAACAGACACCACUGCUAUUAUUGCUUUUCACAAGACACAUUAUUUCAAUCUGUCCUUAAUUUGAUCUCUCUUGGGUAAUCGACUCAUCUGAAAUAAUGAAGUUUGUAUAUAUGUGUAUAUAGCCUGUCUGUAGACUUUAUUUGGACCGGACCCUGAAAUGUGUUUUUUUUUUUUUUUUUUUUUUUUUUUUUUUUUUUUUGCCUUCUUUCUUCUCCCCCUCCCCUCUCUGAAUAAACCUUUAGUUUUAAAAUCA